AUGUCAUCAUCUACUAAUCCCGACAACAUCAACCCACAGCCCACCAGCGACGGCGGGAGUGUCGCAGUCGGAAUCGUGCUCGGUAUUCUGGCGGGUAUAUUUGUCGUCCUUGUGUUGCUCUCCAGACUUCUGUGCAAGAACCGCGGCGGUGGCAGCCCGGAGGACUUGGAGGCUGGAAAACGCAAGAGACUCGCGUCCAUAUUAAAGCUGGACGGCGUGGCACCAAGUCGUGCCUAUGGAAACGACCAAGAAAAGGCCGAGCCUGAGCCCAAGCCACCGGCGUCCUGUUCCUUUGACAACGUUAUAGUCUGUGCCAUCUGCCUGGAUGUUUUGAAAGACGACGACAUGGUCCGGCGUUUACCAUGCCAACACUAUUUCCAUUCAUCGUGCCUGGAUACGUGGUACCUGCGGCAACACAACACUUGUCCGCUCUGCAAGACGCCCUUCUUCGACCAGUCUCAAAAGAAGGAGAAAAAGGCAGUCGUCAUGGCCGAGUCUUCGAGUCAGGCGGCCGGUUCACAGACCAUAUAG